AUGUCGUACGACUUUAUCGCUGAAUACGCCAAGUCCAACCGCUCUUCCUGCAAGCAGUGCCAAAGCACGAUCGACAAGGACGAGCUGCGCAUCGGCGAAAUGGUGCAAUCCCCAUUCCACGACGGCCGCAUCCCCGUUUGGCGACACGUCAAGUGCCACUUUGCAAAGGGCAACCGAGGCCUGACGGCGUUUGCCAUGAUUGAGGGCCGCGACAAUCUGCGUCUGGCCGACGCCGACAAGCUCAAGGCACUGAUUGAUCCCUCCGCUGCGGCCGCUGCUCCCGCGCCCGCUGCUGCUGCUGCUGCGUCUGCGGCUGGGAACGACGAGGACGAGGACGCUGGCGCCAGCAAGAAGGGCAAAAAGGCGGCCGCGACGCGUGGCAAGCGCAAGGCCGAGGAGCCUGCGGAAGCGCCAAAGAAGGCUGCGCGCAAGGAGGAGUCUGCCAUGAACGACGAUGAGCUGAUUGCCUACCACAACGAGCUGAUGUGGGAGCUGCGCGACGGACUGAAGAAGGCCAUGUCCGAGCUCAAGACGCCGACGGUCGUUCUGCGCGGCAUGCUCGACGACAACGAAAUUAGCUCCAAGGGCGGCGACGUCGACCUGAUCCAGCGCAUUGCGACGUGCAUGCUCUGGGGUGUGCCGGAAAAGUGCCCCGAGUGCAGCCAAGGUCGCCUCACGGUUGAGAACGGCAGCUUCAAGUGCAAGUCGUUCGCCAACGAGUGGGCGCGCUGCACGUUCGAGGCCGACAGCGCCACGCACGCUCCGUUUGUGGUGAAGGAGUGGGCGCGCGACGUGGACUUUCUGGCCAACUGGCAGUUUGUGCCGCACCGACGUGUUUUGCGCAAGGAGGUGACGCUCAAGGCCAGCAUGCCCUCGCAGGCGUCGUCGUCGUCGUCGUCCCAGUCCAACGCUGCUGCGGAGGAUGACAACGACUUGCCCUUCGCCCUGGGCGGCGCCGAGAAGCCCGAAAAGAAAUCGGCCGCUGCAUCCGCCUCCUCCAGCAGUGGCGCUACGACGUCGACGCCCUUCGACAGCAUGACGAUUGUCUUUGCGGGAUCCAACUUUUCGACCACCCAGAAGGCGCUGGGCGCGAUUGUGAAGGAGCUCGGCGGUGCUGUCGCGACCAACGUCACCGACAAGACGACCAUUGUCAUUUCAACCCCCGAGGAGGUUGCGAACGAGGGCAAGAAAAUUUCCGACGCGCUCGAGCGCCACAUCCCCAUUCUGAGCGAGGAUGUCAUCUCCAAGUGCAAGGCGGCCCAGAAGACGCUCGGCUUCCUGGAGUUCUGGAUUGGCGGCAGCAGCGAGGCCAAGCUCGCCCUCCAGCCCGCCGAGGCGGCCAACAAGGCGCUGCGCAACGAAAAGGAAAAGGAGCGCUACAAGACGGACAACACGACCGUCAAGCUGGUCAAAAAGGGCCGCGGUGCGGUCGAUCCGGCGGCCGGCGAGUCGGUGGUGCGCGACUACCACGUGUUUGACGACACGACGGUGCUGUGGGACGCCAUGAUGACCCUGGCCGAUCUGACGAGUGGCAACAACUCGUACUAUGCACUGCAGCUGCUCCAGCACGACAGUCGCGCCUCGUCCUUCAUUCUGUUCCGCAAGUGGGGCCGCGUCGGCACCACCAUCGGUGCCAACAAGUCGGAGAACUUUUCAGACAAGUCGUCCGCCCAGUCCGAGUUCCGACGCCUCUUUGAGGAGAAGACGGGCAACAAAUGGAGCCAGAACGGCGCGUGGGAGAAGAAACCGGGCAAGUUCUACCCAGUCGAGAUCACGUACGACUUUGAGGACGACGAGGAGCAGGCCAAGCGUCUCAAGGCGGCCAGCUCUGGCGACGCGCGUGGGUCCAAGCUCCCGAAGGAGACGCAAGACCUCAUGAAGCUCAUCUUCAACAUUGAGGCCAUGACCGAGUCGCUCGUGUCGAUGGAGCUCGAUCUGAAGAAGAUGCCGCUUGGCAAGCUCAGCAAGCGCCACAUUGAGGCAGGCUACAAGGUGCUCAAGGAGAUUGAGGCCGUCCUGCAAAACGCGGCGCUGGACGACCGCAAGCGCAACAACGAUCUGCUCGCCCUCAACAACAAGUUCUACACGCACAUUCCGCACGACUUUGGCACCGAGGAGCCCAAGCUCAUCAACUCGCUCUCGGCGCUCAAGGCCAAGGUCGAGAUGAUGGAGGCCCUCAUUGACAUUGAGAUUGCCACGUCGCUCAUGCUCCAGCAGGCCGGAUCGACCGCCGCCGCGCCCAGCACCGGCACCAGCGUCAUCGACCAGAACUACGCCAAGCUCAAGACCGAGCUCGACCCGCUCGCCCGCGGCAGCGACGAGUGGAACCUAUGCGAGACGUACCUGCUCAACCAAAAGAACAACUGGAAGGUCGAGCUGCAGUCCGCCUUCCGCGUCGACCGCGAGGGCGAGUCGACGCGCUUCCAGACCAAGAAGCACCUCGGCAACCAGCACCUUCUCUGGCACGGCUCGGGCACGACCAACUAUGUCGGUAUUCUCAGCCAAGGCCUGCGCAUUGCUCCCCCGGAGGCGCCUGUCUCGGGCUACCGCUUUGGCAAGGGCGUGUACUUUGCGGACAUGUGCGACAAGUCGAUUGGCUACUGCCGCGGUGGCGCCAACCAGCCCAUUCUCAUGAUGCUGUGCGAGGUCUCCCUCGGCACGCAAAAGGAGCUCUUCCGCGACCAGUACAUGGAAAAGCCGCUGCCUGGCUCGGACAGCACCAAAGCCAUGGGUCGCUGGAUUCCAGACCCCAAGUCGACCAUCAAGAUUGAGAAUGACAGCAUCACCGUGCCGAUGGGCAAGCCGUUCGACUCCAAGGUCAGCUCAUCCUGCACGCAUGACGAGCUCAUCGUGUACGACAUUGCACAAGUUCGUAUUCGCUACCUUCUUCGCAUCAAUCUCAAGUGA